AACAGAUGUUGCUAGCCCCCACCUCCCACCCUCUUCCCCCAACAGCUAUUGAUGGACAAGCCAGGCUUUUCAGAUCUCUCUUGCAUUUCAAAGGCGAGGUCAGGGUUUGGGCUCAGAGGUCAGCAGGAUAGUUGCUCUGCUGAGGUGAUGCUGUUAAACACUUUAUGAAAGCUGCUCAGCGAUAUGACUGUAAGAAUGCAGCUGAGGCCCAUCCACAUGCUUUUGUGCGGAGAUAGUAAUUGUAUUACACUUCUGAAAGGUUGAAUGAAAACACAAUGCAACCCAGAUUCCUAGUUAUAUGUACAGUUCUUAUGUAUGUGCAUGUGUAUCUUUACUGUCUGCUUGUGCACAUAUUAUGUGAGUACAAAAAUCCAAACCCACUGUUUCCAGUACUCCCCUUGAAUUUACUCAAGAGCUUUAAAAUAAGUUUAAAUGUUUUUCCACUCUGCUGGACAGCACACAGUAUCAUAACUCUUUAUUAUUAUAUCAUAAUAUCAGUGCAAUCCAAUACAUCUGACCUACAAGAAACACUUUGUAAAGCUUGUAAAACCUAUUGUACAGUAUAUACAUGUAUGUUGUGCAUGAACUAUGGGUUUAAAAUAUAAUACAUAUUAUACAAUAUAAUACACUUAGCUAGGUUAAAGUGGCAUUAAUCGGUCAUUCAAUUGGUAUGAAACAUGUCCAAAAAUAGUGAAAAAUGCCAAUCACAAUUUACUAAAACAUAUAGUGACAUUUUCUAAUUGCUUAUUUUGUGUGACCAACAGUCCAAAAUCCAGAGAUAUUCAGUUUACGAUCAUAAAAUACAGCAAAAAGAAGCAUAUCCCCACAAGUGACAAACUGGAACUAGGGGAUGAUUUUUGUAUGAAAAAUGACUUAAACGCUUAAAGAAUGAUUGAAAUAGCUGCUGAUUAAGUUUUUGUUGAUUGACUAAUCAAUUUAUAGACUAAACGUUUCAUCUCUAAGUCCCAUACAGUAAAUAGUUUGUAUCUCUUUGCCCUAACUUCCCUGAAGUUACUACUACAUUCGAUGGAAAUCUCUAAAUGUCUUGUGCAUCAUUUAAUACCCUAUCGCCACAUUUAUAACAUAAUGAUCACAGACUCUGAACACUGUUUCCAUGUCAGUAAAACAUCAGUUUGUUGGACUUAAAGAGGGCCUGUAGGGUUGAACAGGGUAAUUAUUAAUCACACUGGUCAUCAGUAUGCAUGUCCAUUCUUGUUUCCUGCUCCCGCUUUGUUUUUCCACUGUUUCCACAGAACCAUCGAGUUAUUCUGCAGCUCUGUGCCUGAUGGUGAGGUGGACUCCCCCAGUUUGCAUUCCCUUAUCGAGCAGAGGCAGGGGCUAUGCAAAGUGAGAGAAGACGGAGGCAGGGGUAAGGGGUGUGCAAACUGAGGAAAAGAGAGAGGGAGAGGAAAAAAGAAAAACUACUCUGAGGGAAAGGAACCAUGCAAGUGGAUGCUGUCUUCUGCGGGGUCAGAUUACGCAAAAUGAGAGACUACUCCAAGAGCACUUCAUCAGGGCUCACCCAGCUCAGAAAGGAUGCCAGCUGCUAGCACCAUGACAGGUGGGAGGGCCUUGCUGCUCUGUACAAACACUGACAACUGUAUCUACCAAUCAGUCAACGGGCUCCAGUGCUGUGGCUUGAAGGUCGGGGAGGCUCCGUCGUCUGUGGUGCCCCAGUGCCAAGAGGUCUGUGGGUCACCAGGGGACAGAGACAGGAGGGACACUGCCGUGCCCACCAAGCGUCCCCUCUCCCCUCCACUCAGCUUGAGUGACAGCCCGGGUCCUCCUGACGCCAUGCUGGCUCACAGGAGAUCCACUACCACCACCGAUCCGCGGACUCCCAACAUGGAGAAUGGGCUGUGUGGCAAGCUGAACCACAACAAGAGCCAAGCAGGAGUCAAAACUGCCAGCAUCCGCGAUAAGAUCUCACAAUGGGAAGGCAAAAAGGAGCCUUCCCAACUAACUUCUACGGGGACAUGUCCACUUAGCACAACACAGAAGGAAGUUGAGACAGUGAGGAAAAAGGAAUUCAAAGUUUCAGAGGUGCAAAGGACAGACAGCAAGAGGUUUGUCAGCUGGGACAGACAAGACUCAGGGAAGGAGAAUGCUGGAAAGCUUGGGGAUUCAAGACCUAAAUCUCCAGAAGGCCCAGCAAACAAAGACAAAGAAGUGAUCCUAGAGAGAGGAGUUCGGGCUCCUAAGCCAACAGAACAGCCCCAAGACAAGAAAACAGUUUUAACUCAUGUUAAGAAACUGGAGAAGGCAACAAAGGAAGUUCCUGACAGACCUUCACUGGCAUUUCCAGGGAAUUACUUCUGCCCUCCUUCAAAGGAGGAGCAGGAGGAAACAGAAAAGAGGGCCAAUGAGCCCAUUUUUGGAACGUUUGACGUGGCUCGUCCUGGUGGGUCACGGAGGAGGAGGGAGGGGGAUCCAGAAAACGUAUACAGUGAGCCAGGUGCUCCGUCUAUAAACCCUUUACCGAAACCUCAGAGAACCUUCCAGCACCACACACCGCCCCCUACCCCAGUUUCAGGGCCCGGCUCUGGGAAGGGGAAGAGGAACUUGCCCCCUUUGCCCUCCAUUCCUCCUCCACCUUUACCCACGUGCCCACCCCCUGGAGUUUGCAGGAGACCCUGGGCUGACAAACCCCGGGACACCAGUAACAGGAAAUCCUAUGAAUUUGAGGAUCUUCUCCAGUCGUCUGCAGAAAGCUGCAGGGUGGACUGGUACGCUCAGUCCCGACUGGGUCUUACACGCACUUUAUCAGAAGAGAAUGUCUACGAGGACAUAAUAGAUCCUCCAUCCAAGGAGAACCCCUAUGAAGACAUAGAGCUGGAGAAAAGUUGCCUUGGAAGCAAAUGUGUUUCACCUGCCUCCUCAUCUCCUGUCCCUGACACUCCAACUAAGCUCUCCUCCAAGCCUGGCUUCUUUAGACAGAACUCAGAACGACGAAGCUUCAAACUCCUUGAACUACGCAAGACCAGCAGGGACGCUGGCAUAUCAUCACCCUCCCGUAUCAGCCCUCCCUCUACGCCCAGCAGCCCAGACGACACCCCCUGUCUCUCCGGAGACCCUUACAACCGCAGACGGAGGAAAAUCCCCAAGAUGGUGCUGAAAAUCAAUGGCAUCUUCGAGGCGCGAAGAGGGAAAAAACGCAUGAAGAAGGUGUCUCAGUCUACUGAGUCCAGCUCAGGGAGAGUGACAGAUGAGAACAGUGAGUCGGAAAGUGACACAGAGGAGAAACUAAAAGCUCACAGCCAGCGGCUGGUGUCGGUCCAGUCCAUGCUGAGGCAGACGGGGCGGUACCGGACCUUGGAGAGGGAUCUGAUGGAGUUGCAGGAGAGAAAACUCUUUGAGUAUUUUAUAGUUGUGGCGCUCCACAAGACCAAGGCCGGUGUGCCAUACCUGCCAGAAGUCACACAGCAGUUCCCUCUCAAGCUCGAGAGGAGCUUUAAGUUCAUGCGUGAGGCAGAGGACCAGCUGAAAGUCAUCCCUCAGUUCUGUUUCCCUGACGCCAAAGACUGGGCGCCUGUCGACAACUUCCCCAGUGAGACGUUCUCAUUUGUUCUGACUGGUGAGGAUGGAAGCAGGCGGUUCGGCUACUGUCGGCGAUUACUGCCCAGUGGUAAAGGCCGGAGGCUCCCUGAGGUCUACUGCAUCGUCAGCCGCUUGGGUUGUUUCGAACUCUUCUCCAAGAUCCUGGAUGAAGUGGAAAAGAGGAGGGCUAUCUCCCCUGCCCUGGUGCAGCCCUUCAUGAGAGGCAUCAUGGAAGCUCCUUUCCCUGCGCCAGGAAGGACCAUCACUGUCAAAAAUUUUCUACCUGGCUCUGGGACAGAGGUGAUAGAGCUGUGUCGGCCGUCUGACUCCCGUCUGGAACAUGUGGACUUCGAAUGUCUCUUCUCCUCCUUGAGUCUACGUCUCCUGCUCCGAGUUUUUGCCUCUCUACUUCUAGAGCGCAGAGUCAUCUUCACUGCUGACAAACUCAGCACAUUGUCUCAGUGUUGUCAUGCAGUUGUGGCUCUACUCUAUCCCUUCACGUGGCAGCAUACGUACAUUCCUGUGCUCCCACCAUCCAUGUUGGAUAUAGUCUGCACCCCAACCCCCUUUAUAGUCGGCCUCCUCUCCAGCUCUCUGCCUCGACUUAAAGAGCUGCCCAUUGAAGAGGUCCUGGUGGUCGACCUCGGCAACAGCCGCUUCCUACGACAGCUGGAUGAUGAGGACUCUAUUCUUCCCCACAAGCUGCAGGCAGCUCUCGAACAUGUGCUGGACAAGAGGAGGGAGCUGGCCUGUGAGAAAGGAGAUCUACCCAACGACUCCAGCUCCCUCAGCACGGUGGUGUCCGAGGCCUUUGUGCGUUUCUUCGUGGAGAUGGUCGGCCACUAUUCCCUUUUCAUGGGUGGAGUGGAGCGUGAGGAUGAGUCAUCCUUGUCCUCUCCAACCUUACACAGCCCCCCCUCCUCCUCCUUUCAGCGUGAGGCUUUUCGUAAAGCAGUGACCUCAAAGAGCUUGAGAAGGUUCCUGGAAGUGUUCAUGGAGACCCAGAUGUUCACCGGGUUCAUCCAGGAGAGGGAGCUACGCAGGCAGGGCCUCAGAGGUCUGUUUGAGGUGAGAGCACAAGAGUAUCUGGACUCGCUUCCUGGGAGCGAGCAACGAGGAGUCAACAAGUUCCUCAAGGGCCUAGGAAACAAAAUGAAAUUCCUUUCCAAGAAAUGAUGUUUGCAGUCAGGAUGUCAUCUGUCAAAGUAGGAAAAACAAGCAUGAGAAAGUGCACAGUAAAAGAGAAGAGGAAGACGCGCUCUCGGAGGUCUCAAACAAUUUCCAGAACGUGCAGAUGGAGGGGGGAGGGGAGGGAGUG